CCCCCUGCCACCCCCUUGGCAGAUCUUGUGAAAUUAGAAGGGCUCCUGUUGACAUCAUUGGCUGCUUGGUACUUGGGAUACUUACUCGCCGCUCUUGUUCCCAAAGAGAUAAUAACAACAUCUAUUGCUAAUCUUGGAGACAUUGAAAAGAAACCAGUGUUGAGAGCCCCAGUCCCAAAAAGGCAGAAGUGUGAUCACUGAGGUACCUGCUUACCUGGGAACUACGCUUAUCAGAUUCUUAGUGGUAGUGGCAAAGGAAAACUGGCUAAAAUUUGUUUUGAGGAUGAGCUGCUUUUAAGCGAAGAGAAGGGUAAUGUUGGAAGAGGUAUAAAUAUUGCCACUGUUCAGUCCUUGAUAAAAGAUACCUGCUGCUCCACUGACAAAGGGUUGAAAAAAAUGACACCCAAAAAUUAGUUAGAAGAGCUGGGAUGUAAAGAAAUAUGGAGUAUGAAGUUCAGGUCAACCUGGGCUUUUAUAGCUGCCAAAGGCUUCAAGCUGCCAGAUAAUAUCCAAAAAGAAAAGAUAAACCACUCUGACAAGAAGAAGAACAGAUCUGGUGGCUGGCCAGCUGAAAUCCAAAUAGAAAGCUAUAUCCCAAGAAACCUGAUCUGA